GGGAAGUGACGUCACUUCCUGUUUGUGGGCGAAGAAGAGCUGACGACACAACAUGGCGGCCGGCACUUUUCUAAGCUAAUGUUUAGUUUAAACUACAUGUUUAACUCACAUUUUUCUUGUUUUCCUUCCUUCAUCUUGCCGUUCGUUGUCAACUGUCACAUCACGUGUAUGCAAAGAUGCCCGUCCUGUGCAGCACCUGCACUGAGAAGCGUGCCGUGUUAAAACGUCCAAAAACUGGCCACUCGAUAUGUAAGGAGUGCUUCUUCUGGGCUUUUGAAGAAGAGGUCCAUCAGACCAUCGUGGCAGCACACCUCUUCAAACCUGGCGAGACCGUGGGUAUUGCCGCUUCGGGCGGGAAAGACUCCACGGUGCUGGCACAUGUGAUGAAGCUGCUGAAUGAGCGCCACAGUUACGGCCUGGAGCUGAUGCUUCUCUCUGUGGACGAGGGCAUCACCGGUUAUAGAGACGACUCCCUGGAGACGGUGAAGAGGAACCAGCAACAGUACGAGCUGCCCCUGAAGAUCGUGUCGUAUGAGGAGCUGUACGGGUGGACUAUGGAUGCCAUCGUCAAGCAGGUGGGACUGAAAAAUAACUGCACCUUCUGUGGCGUCUUCAGGCGGCAGGCGCUAGAUAGAGGAGCUAUCAUGCUGAAAGUGGACAAGAUCUGCACAGGUCAUAACGCCGACGAUAUAGCAGAGACCGUCCUGAUGAACGUCCUGCGGGGUGACAUAGCCCGUCUGCGGCGUUGCACCGCCAUCUCCACGUCAAGUGAGGGCGACGGGGUCGUACCACGCUGCAAACCUCUCAAAUACGCAUAUGAGAAAGAGAUCGUGAUGUAUGCCUAUUUCAAGAAGUUGGACUACUUCUCCACAGAAUGCAUCUACUCCCCCAACGCUUAUCGUGGCCACGCCAGAACUUUUCUAAAAGAUCUGGAGAGCAUAAGACCCAGCACCAUCAUUGAUAUUAUCCAUUCAGGGGAGAACUUGUCCAUACGGGACGGGGUGAAGAUGCCCGUGCAGGGCACCUGCAGCAAGUGUGGCUACAUCUCCAGUCAAACGCUGUGCAAGUCAUGCGUGCUGCUGGAGGGCCUGAACCGAGGCUUGCCCAAACUAGGCAUUGGAAAACACCAUCGUUUGCAUGAUAAGAUUAUCUCCAAUCAACCCCUCACAGAGAAGGAGGAAAGGAAGUUAAAAGUGGUUGACAUUUAAAAAAGGAGCCUUGCUAAUUACUCGAUGAUGUUAAUGUUUACGGCUGUGUUUUAAUUAGCGCACUUCAAUCCGUAUUCUACGUACUUCCUGAGAGCCCAAAUUUGAUGGUGCACUCCUGUCCCAAAUAUCCAUUAGUGUUGUCACACAAUUUUUAUUGGCUUCCCCUUCUCUCCUGUUUAAUUAUAAAUUGCUAAUAUUUGAGUUAGUCCCUCCCAAUGAGUGAGUGUUGCCCAUCUGAGUACUAAUAGCACACAGCAGUUUGCUGUACAUACAGUAUAUGUCAGUGGAACUCAAAAUGUUAAUUGUGGAAGUACGCAAAUUGAAACAGUCUGCCUGGAACUAAUCAUUGAGUUUGCUGCUUUGUUAUAUCUAUUAUUUCUACCUUUGAUCAUAGAGGGACUAGUGCUUCAUGAAGAGGAGUCUCUCAGUAUGUUUUAUGAACUGGUAUUCAAUAAACACUUUUUUUUAAA